AUGAAGCUGCUCUUGUUCUGUUGCGUUUGCUUCGGUGGAUUGGUCGCGUUGGCAAGGGCCCACCAGAGCCUGGACGAGUGCCUCGAGAAGGACAGCAUCUCCUGCGUCCAGAAGAGUCUGUACGCGAGGGCCAAGCAGUUCUUCGACCAAAAGAGCUUUGAGCUCGUCAGUGGAGUCAGUUUGGUCAAGACGAGCCAAGGAUCGGCCAGGGCGGGGAAGGCCCUCGCCUACGAGCAGGAGAUCGAGGAGUCGAAGGACGUGACGAUGAGGCAGAACGCCCUCGAGAACUUUGUUGGCGAGGGGGUCAGUGAGUUCCUUACGGGACGGAGUUUGCAGGUCAACUUCACUCCAGCCUUCGAAAAGAUAACCGAAUCUGCGCGGGCGUUCAGUGAAUCGAUUCCUUCGGAAGUCAGGCAAGCCGCCAAUGAAGUCGUCGAAGGUCGUGGCAAGAAAAAGGUGAUCAAAGCGAUUCUGCCGCUCCUGAUCGCCGCCAAAGUAAAGCUGGGCCUGCUGGCGACUUUGGCCUACUUCGGAAUCGCCCUCGUAGCGAAAAAAGCCAUCCUCGCGUCGAUCAUCUCGAUCGCCGUAUCAGCAUUCCUCAGCCUGAGGUCACUGUGGCUGAAGAGCUCCAGUCACGACACGACAGCCUACAAUGCCGGCUGGAGCUCCGGGGGCCUCGUGUCCUCUGGCUGGUCGGCCCCCAUAGCAUCCAGCGGCUGGGCGUCCAGUGGCUGGGACGACGCUCACGGCGCUUUUUCCGCGCCAAGCCAGGCCUUCUCUGGCUACCAUCGUCGUUGA